UUUAAGAUUGCCACCAAGCUCCAGGCUGAGAAAGAGAGGAGUCGGUCCCUCAAGGCCGAAAGUGCCAGGCAGAAGGUGAUAGAUGAAGUAGAAUCUGCCACUUCCUCUGUCCCAGGAGGAAAAAGGAGUUUCCUCUCUCACUCACAGAAACAGGAAGCUCAGAGCUACCACGAGGGGGGGCGACACAAAUCAACAGCACAGGCGGGUCGGCAACCGGGGAGGAACCAUUCUUUCGGUCGAAGAACAGGGGACCAAUAAUUAAGACGGAACAACAUGGCGGCAAAAACAGUGAAACGAAUGUGUGUAAUAAACCUGUAAUUUAUCACUUUUUUCUCGUGGGUAUGGUCACACUACAUCGAGGGGAAACAUUACCAUACAUUUUCGGUGUCAGUAACGUUCAUGUUACAGUAAAUUUAAAUCAGUAUAAUCUGACAAACGGACAUAAACACUAGCCAGUUUAACGCUAGCUAGUUGAUUUGGCUUUCGCUUCAGAGCCACUGGAAACACGUUAGUAAGCUGGUUCAUCAUGUGGGGGGAAAUUGAUCCUCCGGUUAAAACACAACCGAGUUUGCGUGAGACUGAAGACAGGAGUGAUUCACCAGAAGAACCAGAGACACUGCCCCAGAUAUGGGACUUCAAACGCCCCACGGAGGUCCAGCAGCCACUACAAGACACACCGUACGUGAGCCAGGCUGAGUCCAUCUGUGUGAACGCCAUGGUGGACGCCAUAGCCAUGAGCGGAAGCCCCGUGAAGAGCCAGCAGAAAGGAGAUGCUGAGCUGACCCUAACGGAGCGCAGAGAGGAGCUGCUGCAUCAGUACAGGAGCAGACCGCUGGUGUUCCUGGAGAGGUACCAUGUAUGCCUCAAGCCCCAGAACCUGUCAGCUUUUGCCCACGUCAGCUCAGAUCCACGGGUCCUUCACUACAGCGAUGUGAUACAGAGGAGAGCUGCAGCUUUCACCAACAGGACGAGGGUUCGAAACCAGCGCUACGCCGCCCUCAGGGCCCUGCAAAGGGAAGGUGAGUAUUUCAGUGAGGAACAGAUGAGGAUCAGGGAGCCGCUGUUGUAUGAACAAUAUAUUGGCCAGUACCUGACUGAUGAGGAGGUGCUGGAGCGCUCCCAGGAGGCUAUGCAGGACGAUGCACAUGGGGGACCAGGGGCACCGGCGGGAGGCUCAGGAGGGCUCGCCCACCUCCUCCUCAACUCCUACCAGGAGCGUCUCAUCCAGAGUCGCCUGCAGGAGGAGCAGGAGAGAGAGGAUGGAGCACGGGAGGAGGAGGAUGAGGAUGAGGACGACGGUUAUUCUGUCCAGCAGAAGCAAUGGGAGCCCAGCUCAGAGGAAAAGGCUCUGCUCAGGGAGGAGUUCAUCAGUCAGAUGCACCAGCGCUUCCUAGAUGGCAAAGACAAGGAUUUCAACUACAGUGAAGUGGACGAGAACCCAGACUACGACAACUUGGACAUAGUCAGCAGAGAUGCGGAGGAAAAAUACUUUGAUGAAGAUGACGAAGAUGACGAAGAGGAAGAGGAGAUGGAAAAUGAUGAAGGAGAAAAUAUGACAGAAUAGUGGCUGUAGUUGAAGUAACAACUCAGUGCUUUGAUUGAUCUGUAAAUACAAAUGUACAAAAUAAGGAAAUGUAUUCUAUUUUUUCAUUUUUUGCACAUUGAACGAAUGCAAACAUAGCUGGUAAUAAAUAUUGUUUUGGAGUCUUUUGCAAAUGUAAAUAUGGAGCCCUUUUAACUCAAGGGCUCUAAAUUUGUGUCUUUUAGUGACCACAUCUAUUCACCUUGUUUACGUCAUGCACAAAUAAAAUGAAAAGCAAAGCAACAUUAAAACAAAGAACAAGAACAUAAUAACCACACAAGAGGAGAUAAAGUUUUGGCUGAUGUACAUUAUCAUAAAAAAAUGCAGUUGCAUCUCUUUUAUCUUUAGUUUUUAGGUCAAUGUGUGAGAUUUGCAUUUCCAAAAGCUGAGACUAGCACAAACACACAAAUGUAGUCAGGUCUCUGAUAAGUCAAGUUCCACAACACACACAUGACUUCAUAAAUAUUUCUAUUUCGCAAACUAUACUUCUGAUGUGUACUCCUUUGGUCAUGUUGGUACAUAUAAAUGUACCCGCUGCGGGACUAAUAAAGGAUUAUCUUAUAUUUACAUUUAUUCUAUGGCUGGUACACAAUACAAUCAUUUCUGUCACAAUGAUUGAGGUCAAGUUUUGAGAAUUUAAGAGUUCAAGUUUA